AUGUCGAUGGCCAGCGGCUCCGGUGGGGGCAUGAUGCAGUCCAACCCUGCGAAGCUGAAGAAAAGCCAUAUCGUUUGCACCAUGCGGCCGCUACGAGUGUGCAUCGAGGAGAACAGCGGUGACAUAUCGAGGUGCGUCAAAGAAGUGGAGGAGUUCGAAAGAACAUGUGACAAGCGGCUUGAGUACGACUCGCUCUCAGCCAUGUUCACGAUCGCGAUGGGCUGGAUGAUACUCGAAGCGGCCUUUUCAGUGGUCAGAAGCAGCGCGCAAACUGAGCUCUCGUGGGAGCGACCUGCGGAGCUGGACCCUUCUCCGGAUGGCAACGGCGGAAGCACUUCCAGCACAACCGGUCAUGCUAAGCACAAGGACAGUGCUGUCCCUGGGCCUUGGCGGGACCGUGAGAGCGACAGGGAAGAGCUCAAGAAGCUGCGAAGUGAUGAAGGCAAGUCAGAGGGCAAAGGCAAGCGCGACCGGCGGAGAGCGGGCGGGAAGUCGGAUGCCAGCUCUAAGGAGCCGAGCUUCGGCCCGCCUGGCUGCAACCUCUUUGUCUUCCAUCUGCCGGAUGACUGGACUGAUGAUGACCUGCUAGAGUACUUCGCUCCGCAUGGAAAUGUGGUAAGUGCGAAGGUGAUGAAGGAACUUGGCACUGGUCGUUCAAGGGGCUUCGGCUUCGUGAGCUAUGAGGACCGCGUGAGCGCGGCCACCGCCAUCAAGAAGAUGCAAGGCUACAAGAUCCUUGGCAAGCGGCUCAAGGUCGAGUUCAAGAAGGGCGAGGGCGACAAUGGCAAAGGGGAGGCAGACAAGAUCGACCUCAUCGAGGAGAAGAGCAGCGGUGAUGAUGAGCGGCUGAUCGGCUACUUGAGGGCCAUCUCAGCAAAGUCUGUGGUGCAGUCCUUGAAGGAAUCGGAGAAGGCGGCGGAAGAAAUGCAGAAUGAUCUUGGGAAUGACACCUUGGGUGACUGA